CUCUCUCUCUCUCAGACUUUUGCUUCUCCUUAUCUCCUCCGCCUCUUUCUAGGGUUUCUCUCAAAUCAUCAAACCAUGGCGGACGAAUCUCAAUACUCAUCCGAAACUUACUCCAACAAACGCAAAUACGAAGAACCAACCGCUCCUCCACCAUCAACCCGCAGACCCACUGGCUUCUCUUCUGGUCCGAUCCCAUCUGCUUCACCUGAUCCCACCGCUACCGCCGUUCCUCCGCCGUCUUCCUACAACAGCGUUCCUCCUCCUCCCUUGGAUGAAAUCCAGAUUGCUAAACAAAAGGCACAAGAGAUCGCUGCUCGUCUUCUCAACAGCUCUGAUCCUAAACGUCCUCGUGUUGACAACGGUGCUUCUUAUGAUUAUGCUGACAAAGGCUUUAGCUCAUAUCCUUCUUCUGAGGGUAAGCAGAUGUCAGGGACGGUUCCAUCUUCGAUUCCGGUUUCGUAUGGUAGCUUCCAGGGAACUACUAAGAAGAUUGAUAUUCCGAAUAUGAGAGUUGGUGUUAUCAUUGGUAAAGGUGGAGAGACUAUUAAGUAUCUUCAACUUCAGUCUGGAGCCAAGAUUCAGGUCACUAGAGAUAUGGAUGCUGACCCUAAUUGUCCUACAAGGACUGUUGACCUAACGGGGACGCCUGAUCAGAUUUCAAAAGCUGAGCAGUUGAUCACUGAUGUCCUUCAAGAGGCUGAGGCAGGUGGGUCUGCUGGUUCAGGUGGAGGCGGCCGUAGGAUGGGUGGACAAGCAGGAGCUGAUCAGUUUGUUAUGAAAAUUCCUAAUAAUAAGGUUGGUCUGAUAAUUGGUAAAGGAGGUGAAACUAUCAAAUCUAUGCAAGCUAAGACUGGAGCUCGAAUUCAGGUUAUUCCUUUGCAUUUGCCCCCUGGAGACCCAACGCCAGAAAGAACUUUGCAGAUUGAUGGGAUAACCGAUCAGAUUGAACAUGCUAAGCAAUUAGUUAAUGAAAUCAUCAGUGGCGAGAACCGUAUGAGAAACUCCUCAAUGGGUGGAGGCUAUCCUCAACAGGGUGGUUAUCAAGCCCGCCCGCCAUCAAGCUGGGCACCACCUGGUGGUCCGCCUGCACAACCUGGUUAUGGUGGUUACAUGCAACCGGGAGCAUAUCCUGGUCCACCUCAGUAUGGUCAAUCACCUUACGGGAGUUACCCUCAACAAACUUCAGCUGGCUAUUCCUCUACCUGGGAUCAAUCCUCUGUGCCACCAUCUCAGCAGGGUGCGCAAGGUGAGUAUGAUUAUUACGGUCAGCAACAGUCACAGCAACCAAGCACUGGUGGUAGCUCAGCCCCACCGACCGAUACCACAGGCUACAAUUACUACCAGCAUGCUUCUGGUUAUGGCCAAGUUGGUCAGGGAUACCAGCAAGAUGGGUAUGGGGCUUACAAUGCCUCGCAGCAAUCAGGAUAUGGUCAAGCUGCUGGUUAUGAUCAGCAGCAGGCUGGUUACGGCAGCGCCGCUAAUCCGAGUCAAGAGGAAGAC